UCUCGGGUGUUGACUCGUUACCAACUGUUGAUUUUUUCAGAGGGAAAAUUCAUUAAUCGAUUUUCCCACUACGUGUUCAUCAUUUCAAGACAAAGAAAGCAUCCUGUUUGAGAUUACAUUACAUUACUAAUUAGAUCUUCUUUUAUCGGAUCCGAUAUUUGGGUCAUCAUCAUCAUUCAAUUCAAUUCUCUGCAUGUUAAUUCGGAGGAUCCAUCAAAAGCGGAGGAAGAAAGAACGAUUUCCCAGGCUUUUUUGGAUCUUUCUACUUCUCUCUCACCCCUAGAAAUCUUCAUCUCUUUUAUAACACAACAUCAAGUUUCUAAAUAAAGAAAAUACACUGAAUUCAUAUUCAUAACAAAGAGAGAGAAAAGAGAAUUAGGGUAUGAUCCAAACGCAGAAUUUUAUUUCCCUUCCUCUUUCAAUGCUUUUGUUAAGAGAUUUGUAGUGUUUAUUUUUUUUUUUUUUUUGGUCAUAUAGCGGUAGUUGUUAAUAUGAGUAACAAGCUAGAUGAUGAGCAAAUCGCGGAACUUCGUGAGAUCUUUCGUUCUUUUGAUCGAAACAACGAUGGAAGCCUAACGCAGCUGGAACUCGGCUCACUCCUUAGAUCCUUAGGGUUAAAACCGAGCUCUGAUCAGCUGGAAACCCUAAUUCAAAAAGCUGAUACUAACAGCAACGGGCUAAUCGAGUUCUCGGAAUUCGUCGCCCUCGUGGCGCCGGAGCUACUCUCCGGUAAGUCACCGUACAGUGAGGAGCAGUUGAAGCAGCUGUUUAGAAUGUUUGAUAGAGAUGGCAAUGGGUUCAUUACUGCAGCUGAGUUAGCGCAUUCGAUGGCGAAACUAGGGCAUGCGUUGACAGCGGAAGAGUUGACGGGGAUGAUCAGGGAGGCCGACACAGACGGGGACGGGAGGAUCAGUUUUCAGGAGUUCGCGCAGGCGAUUACUUCGGCUGCUUUUGAUAAUUCUUGGGCUUGAAACUUUUGUGUAUGCAAGUUUUGUGGUAUGAACAAAGUUUGUUUUUGGUUUUUGCUUUUGUUGGUUAAUGCACGGAUUACUUGUUAAUAGUUACGGUAUAGUUUCUGUUCCUGCUGUGGUUGAUUUAGAACAGUGAAUAUUUCAGAUAUGGUUAUUGAAUUGUUGUGUAAAUAAGGUUUCUUUGAACGCAAACGAAGGUAGUAAUUAAGAGUUAAAUUCACCGAUUUGAUAAUAAAGUUAUUAUUUUUGGAUUA